AUGGCUGCCCUUCAGGAACUCGCAGACCGCACAAAGGUGGACGACGCCAAGGUCUAUAUCGAUACCGACGCAGGUGCCGACACCGAGGCGGCCGAUGGCUCCGAGCAGAAGCCCUACAAAUCGCUCGCAUAUGCCUUGGAAGGAGCCCCUAAGAGCGCCGUAAAGAAGGCUCAGGGCGCGCUUGACUCGCACAAGAAGAAGGUCACAAAGCAGCGACAGCUCGCGGCGGCCGAGGAGGAGAAGAAGAAGAAUAAGCUCCAGGCGCUCGAAGACGCCAAGAAGAUUGUCUUGAAGGAGGACUCGUCCCUCCCGCAGGCGGUCAAGAUCACCAUUGGCGACAAGUCGGUCGAACUCGGCGAUGCUGGAAACAAGGGAACCCGCGUCAAGGUGUACGGAAGGAUUCACAGGUUGCGACCGCAGAAGCACGCGACCUUCAUCACCCUCGUCGACGGCUACGGUCACCUCCAGUGCAUCCUCCCCACCGGUGACCUGACCAAGAACUAUGACGCUCUCCAGUUCGCCCAAGGCACAUCACUUCUCCUCUUUGGAGAGUUGAAGAAGGACGCCAUCACCAACAAGGUCUCCUUGUCUCAGAACCAGUGGGACGCGCAGAUGCUUGACAACCGACACCUCGUCCUCCGCGGCGACAACGCCGCCGCCAUCAUGAAGAUCAGGGCUGCAACCGAGUGGGCCUUUGCCAAGACCUACAAGGAGAUGAAGUUCGUCAAGGUCUCUCCUCCCGCGCUUGUACAGACCCAAUGCGAGGGUGGUGCCACUCUCUUUAGCCUCCCUUAUUACGACGAGACUGCCUACCUCACCCAGUCUUCUCAGCUCUACCUCGAAACCGUCCUCCCUAGCCUUGGGAACGUGUACUGUAUCGAGAAGUCAUUCCGUGCCGAAAAGAGUUUGACCAGACGCCACUUGUCCGAAUAUAGCCACGUCGAGGCCGAGCUGGACUUUAUCAACUUUGAGGGGCUCUUGGAACAUCUCGAGGAGAUCAUGUGCCGUGUCAUUGAGAAUGUUCUCGAUGAUCCCGAAAUCGCGGCGCUUGUCAAGGAGCUUAACCCUGACUUCAAGAAGCCCGAGCGACCGUUCCUCCGAAUGAAAUGGCAACCCCAUGCCUUCGGCGAUGAUAUCGCCGAGGCCGCCGAGCGAAGGAUGACGGAUAUCAUCAACAAGCCAAUCUUCCUCACCCACUUCCCUGUUGAGAUCAAGGCUUUCUACAUGAAGAAAGACCCUAACGACCUCAGGGUCACUGAGAGCGUCGACGUGCUCAUGCCGGGCGUAGGCGAGAUUGUUGGAGGUUCUAUGAGGAUGGAAGGAUACGAGGAGCUUCUCGAGGCGUAUAAGAAGCAAGGCAUUCCUGCCGAAGAUUACUACUGGUACACUGACCAGCGCAAGUACGUUGAUAACCACGGAAAGAUCCGACCCAUCUGGAUUUGA